AUGGACGACCUAAAAGACAAGAGUAUUCAUCACACCACAAUCAAAAUAUGCGAUGAUUUAAAGAAGUCAGCACCAUACUUGAGUUUGUACGAAGACAUACAGAAAUUGGUGGUCACACCUAGUGUAAAAGCCGACGACUUCAAGAAUACCUUACUAAGAGCGAUGCAGGAAAAUGGCCUAGCUUCAGAACUGAAAAACAACGUCUAUAGAUGGAUAAAGACGAAAAAGAAAGAAACCAGCCCUUACGAUUCAUUCUUCAGGAAGUGCCAAAUACACUGGGACAAGAGGAUCCACAAGUCGCUGAACUCCAUGUGCAACGAACUAGGCAUAAAUCUAGCGAAAGUUAGGAACACUAACGAACGAGAAGAAAUUGUCAACAAGUGGACAGAACUAAGCAAUUUCGAAGUGGAAAUCCACAAGUACAGACCAGUCUAUGCUCCAAAGGAUUUUUUGGAAGUGUUGUUGAACUUAAAAGGCCCUAUAAAAGACAGGGAAAACGUUCAAUGGGAAUUUAGCCAACUACCACUUAAAGUAAAAAAUUUAGCAGAACUGAGAAGUUUCUACGUGGAACUGUCUAGAGGGGAGCAAAUUUUAUGCGUAAAUUCCUCCCUCAGUACUCCUCAAAGUUUUACAAUUUUCGAGGCUGAGAGAAUAGCUCUCGGCGAGAAAAUUUUAGCAAAAAAUUAUGCACCUUUAGCUCAAGAGUUUCUGAAGAAGGGAUGUCCCAGAUGUCUCAGGGCCAAAAUGUGGACUCUGCUGCUUGGCGCUGAAGUAAAAAUUCCUCAAAACCACUAUUUCGAAAGCUUAAAGGAGCACGUUCUCCAAUACGAUUUAAUGACUGACAAGUUGAUAAUUAAAGAUAUAAAUCUGACCGCCUCAAAUGACGACCAGUAUUUUGUUUUUGAGGACGUAUUGUAUCAGGUGAUGUUGUGCUUUUCUAGAGACGGCGACAUCCUUAAGCAAUUACCCAGCCAACCAGCAUUCAUGCAAGUGGUCGUUAAAGGGAAACAAAACCAGCCGGAAAGCACCAUGGUUUUUCCACCAAGUGGCGUCAUUCCCUUUCAUGGUUUUACCAUGUAUGCUGCUCCAUUUUGUUAUUUAUUCGAGAACCCCAUCGAACUGUACUUCGUUUUUCGAGCGUUCUAUUUGAGGUACUGGCACAAACUGCACAGAGUGUGCGCUAGUUCCCAAGGCAUCGUCUCCUUAUGCCUCCAGUUUGAGAAGCUGCUUCAGUGUUACGAGCCUUUUUUAUGGAACCACUUCAAAAAGUGUCACAUACCCCCGUUGAGGGUGGUUAUAAAAUGGAUGAUGCGAGGCUUUAGCGGCCAUUUGCCGCCCGAGCAGCUUCUGACACUAUGGGACCUAAUCCUUGCAUACGAUUCGUUAGAAAUCAUACCCCUUUUGGCUGUGGUGAUCGUCAUUUUUCGAAAAGAUAAUUUAAUGAAAGUCAGCACCCUCCAAAACGUCGAGGCUGUCCUCGCUGACUUAUCUUCGAUAGCAGUCAUACCCUUGUUACAAAUGGCACUUAUGAAGGAACCACACUAG